GGCGCUGAAAUUCAAAUCGGAGGAGCGGUUGGGGAGCGGUCUGAGGCUCUGCCUGAGGGAGCGGCGGCAGCAGCAGUAGCAGCAGCAAUGGAUCCCUUCACUGAGAAACUCCUUGAAAGAACCCGUGCCAGGAGAGAGAACCUGCAGAAGAAAAUGGCUGAGCGGCCCAAGAUGGGAGCGAGACCCCCACUGCAGACCAAGAGGGUCAGAGAGCCUUUGUUAGAGACUGGUAACCAGGCAUCUCUUCCUGGUGAAGAAGUGAAAUCUAGUACAAAGCCAUCGCCAUCGAAGAGGCUCUGCCCUGACAAUAUGGAGACUCAACCUUCCAGUUUGGAGAACAUAGAGCCAGUUCCUUCAGGUUCCACGAGCCAUCGUUCUCCUGGGAUGACUUCGGAGUUGCACGUGGCUGCUUCUAACAGGGCUCCAUCGGUUCAGCCUCUUGAGAAAGGAAAAGCAAGCACGGAGUCAGAAACUCCUGUAGCCCAUUCAGUCAAGACACGUAUGCAGAAACUGGCAGCGCAGCGGCGCUGCUGGGAUGGCGAGGAUCCCUCUGAAUGCGUUCCUCUAUCUCCCCUCCAGUCAAAAGAUGUGCCUGUUUCUCCACCUAAGCAGACAUCUAAUGCCCUGGCAAGUGACACCCCUACUGGGAGAAGAGGCCGUUUAGCUAACCUUGCUGCUACAAUUGCUUCCUGGGAAGAUGACCUAAGUCAUCCAUCUGCAAAGCAAAACAAUGCACAAGAACAGCCUGGCACUACUUGUUUAUCCAAAUUGUCCACUACAAGUGGAGCAUCUGCUAGAAUCAAUAGUAGCAGUGUAAAGCAGGAAGCUGCAUCCUGUUCUCAAAGGCUUGUUGAGGCUUCUAUUAAUAAACCAGCAAACUCAAAGAUAGCGGAGCCAAACAAUUCUUUAACACAAACCUCGAGAGUCACUGUUCCCUGUUCUAAAGACUCUGAAGUAGGACAACUGCAAACAGAGAAUCCCUGCAGCCCUCAGGAAACCGAGAAGCCUACACAACCAGCAAAAUCAACUGUGCCUCAACCAGUUCAGUCCAAAGAAGAGCCAGUCAAAGGAACACAUGUGCAACUUGAACCUAAGGCUACACCCACAACACCAGGGGGAUCGGGAAUUAAGCCCUUCCUGGAACGCUUUGGGGAGCGCUGUCAAGAGCGUAGUGCCCGGAGUCCUGCUACAAAUACACCUGAGUGCAGAACACCCAUUGUCACCCCACGGACAAGGACAAUCCAGGAAAGGCUUCUCAAACAGAAUGAUAAUUCCUCUACUGCCAGUUUAGCGCUUCAGCUUAAGCAGGAACGUGAACGAGAACUUUCAUGUCUACGUGGCCGGUUUGAUAGGGGAAAUCUGUGGAGUACAGAGAAAAGUGGAAAUUUGAAGAGAAAGCUUCCAGAAGCUAAAAUGGAAAGCCAAUCUCAGGCUAGUCCAAAACCACCUCCUAGUUCUGAUGCCACUGGAUCGGCAGGUGACGAGCCGGCAAAGUCUCCCAGCACGGAGUCUUCAGAUGCUCCUGAACGUGAAGAGACUGAUAAAUGCAGCCCUCUGGAGAUAAGUGAACCAAAGGGCCCUGGAAAACUUGAACAACUUGCUGAGAAACCGAAAGAUGAUAUAUGUGAAAUCGAAAUGAGUGUGGAUGAUGAGAUGAAUAGCUCGAAAGUGAUAAAUGAAAUAUUUGAAAUUCUUGAAGAGGAUGGUCCAGACAUAGAAAAGCUGAAGAAAGAAAUGAGCCUGGAAGGUGAAAGUGAUGAGGAUGAGCAGGAAGAGUCGCUGAAUAUUUCAUCAAUGUCUCUGUUAACCCCUCUCGUGGAAUCUGUUGGUCCAGAGGCCUUUGGUUCUCCUUGUAAGUCACCUGCUGAAGGUAGCAGUAUCAGUGAUGUAAGUCUGAAGUCCGAAAAGUUCCAAAGGACUAAAGUCCCCAGGGCAGAAUCUGGAGACAGUAUUGGCUCUACAUCAGAAGAUCGCAACCUUCCAUAUAGCGUUGAUGCAUAUAGAUCUCAAAGAUUUAAAGAAACUGAUCGUCCUUCAAUAAAGCAAAUAAUUGUUCGCAAAGAAGAUGCUGCUUCCAAACUAGAAAUGAAAAAGAAUGGCCCGUCUGAUCAAGUCAAUAUCAAAAAGAAAAUGCAGGAGCUGAAUAAUGAGAUCAACAUGCAGCAGACAGUGAUUCAUCAAGCCAGUCAAGCUCUGAACUGCUGUUUUGAUGAGGAACAUGGAAAAGGAUCACAAGAAGAAGCAGAGGCAGAGAGACUUCUUCUCCUUGCAACUGAGAAAAGAACUGCUCUAUUGGAAGAGCUGAACAAACUGAAGAGUGAGGGACCUCACAAUAAAAGAAACAAAACUGCUUCUACAUCCACCGAACUUGCUCCAUCCAGGGGAUCUGUCUCCAUCUCAGAAAUGCGUCUACCUCUAAAAGCAGACUUUGUGUGUGGUACGGUUCAAAAGCCAGAAGCAGCAAAUUACUACUAUGUAAUAAUACUGAGAUCUGGAGCAGAAAACAUGGUUGCAACUCCACUAGCAAGUACUGCGAGCUCCCUGAAUGGAGAUGCUCUUACUUUCAAUACAACAUUUGCUCUGCAUGAUGUGUCAAAUGACUUUGAAAUAAAUCUAGAAGUUUACAGUUUGGUGCAGAGAAAAGAAGUUACAAGCACUGAUAAAAGGAAAAAGGCAAAUAAAUCCAAGGUUAUUACUCCAAAGAGAUUAUUAACGUCUAUUACCUCCAAAAGCACACUCCUUACUCCAGCCAUGGCCAGCCCAGGUGGCCCUAAUGCUGUACGCACUACUAAUUUUAUCCUCGUUGGAUCCCACAAGCUAUCGCUGUCUUCUGUAGGAAAUGCCAAAUUUGCAUUGAGCAAGAUAAAUUUUGAAGGGGAGGAAAAAGAUCUGUUGGGCUAUAUGUUCCAGAACAAGGUUCCCUUUUUGUCUCCUUUGGAAGGUCAUAUAUAUCUAAAGUUAAAAUGCCAAGUGGACUCUUCUGUGGAGGAGAAAGGCUUCUUGACUAUGUUUGAAGACGUUAGUGGAUUCGGAGCAUGGCAUAGACGCUGGUGUGUGCUGGCUGGAAACUGUAUAUCUUACUGGACGUACCCGGAUUACGAAAAACAAAAGCAUCCUUUGGGCCGGAUAAACUUGGCCAACUGCACUAAUCAUCAGAUUGAACCUGCCAACAGGGAGUUCUGUGCCCGGCCCAACACUUUUGAGCUGAUAACCGUGCGUCCUCAGAGGGAAGAUGACAGAGAGACUCUGGUCAGCCAGUGCAGGGACACGCUCUGCGUCACCAAGAACUGGCUGUCUGCUGAUACUAAGGAAGAGCGCAACCUUUGGAUGCAAAAGCUCAACCAGGUCCUUGUUGACCUUCGCAUGUGGCAGCCUGAUGCCUGCUACAAACCCAUCGGGAAGCUUUAAACUCUGGAAGGGAAAUAGGAAGAAAACAUGGAUGCAAAAAAAAAAACUACGUGACCUACACACACACACACACAAAAAAAAGAACUUAAAUGAAAAUGCGGGACGUCCUCUGGGUCACUUAUGCUUUAAAUUCAAGAGUAUUUAACGUUAUAUAAGACUAUGUUAUGCAGUAUUUUUAUUUCAUUUUAAGAAUUUUAAAAGUUUUUAUUCCUAGCUUUGGAGUAUGGUGUAGGAAGCGAUUAGCUGUUUCUAAAUGUGCUAAAUAUUUAAGUAACUCCUUUUUUGGAAGUCUUUUAGUGCCGUACGUUCUCUUCUUUAAACAACUAAAUUAUUUGAGGUCCUUCAGGGCAAGAAGGGGAGGGAGAGGGUGGUGAAAAACCAAGCUGACCGGAUAGCUCGGCUUUCUGAAAUGAACAAUAGCUCAGAGAUCUCUAACAAGGGUAGUGCUGAAGCACAAAAUUUAAUAUUGGAGGGUUUGUUGGUGUUUUUUUGUAAUGAUCAGGCAUAGAAGUUGCUAGUAUAUUCUACAACAUGCAAUAUAGGUGUUUCUUGCUUGCACGGUGUCCUUUUGGUCAGAAGAAAAGGCACACACGGUAUCUGCAUACUCCUGUGGCCAUUUCUCCUACAAGCUGGCACAGGUAAGUGCACGGCACGUGUCCCAGGUGCUGGACAGGUGUGGAAUUAUGUAUGCAGUGUAUUGCACUUUGAUAGAAACGAAAGCUCUCGGAUAUUUUUUUUUGUCAGGACUGCUAUAUAAAAAAAAAAGGGGGAAAAAAAUUAGGUUUAGGAUCAUAUGCAUCAGUAUUUCCUGAGGCUUCGUGGUUUGUACAAGGGAGACUUCUCCAUUUGAGAACUAAGAAUAGUUUGUUAAGUGCUUUUGUUUUCUUUUUUAAAGACACUACAAAGCUGCUACGUACCAAGUAAUACGCCGCUGGCUGAAGGAAUGGGUCUUCUCCCCCCUCAUAGACAGGUCCAUAAAUGCAGAUGAAAACAGUAUUUCGGACCCAUCAUUAAAAUGGCAAAACUAUUGAAUUAAAACUUGUGAUUUUCACAGCUUUUCACUGGGCUUAGUGAAAUACUAUCUCAUUACUUUGCUAUUGCAUUUGCAAUAGUGGAAGACUUAAAAUUACUCGUGCUGUUAUAUAUUCACGCUCGAAACACUAAAUUCCGUUAGCUUAUACUGUUUUCAUCCUGCUACUUUUGUACUCGUCCUUUUAAAUCUAUUUUUCUUUUUCUGACCUCUUUAAGUAUUUCCAAACGAUGUAUUCAGAUUUAUUUUAUUCAUUUAAAAUAAAGAAUAAGACACUUUA